GAUUGAAAUGUAAGAAUGUUUGGUCCGUUUGUUUGGAUGUUGUUCUUUCUAAAUCUCUGAAGCAAUAUUUCAUACUUAAGGUAAUUGCAUUUCUGAUCAAUCCUUUCCACACUUUUCCCCUUUCCCUAAAGCUAUGAAGGCACAGGGAAGUUAAAAUAUCAGUUACUAUGGUUACUGACUCUGAGUAUAAGGCCAAGUCCACAAGUACACGGAUAUUUUUAUAGUUUUUCCUUUCUCGUUUAAAAAAACACUGUAUCCAAACUAAACGCAAAAACACGACAUAAAGGACUGUCAAAUGCAUGCCAAACCAACAGGUGGCGAUAUAACCCUAACCAUAAACCCGUGUAGGCCAAUCAGAAUCCUGGAAUCUGACGUUAGAUAAAGCAGGAAGCGGCACGCAUUCCAAUGUUAUACAGGUUACGUCAAUCUCCGGUUUCACUGUCUACACGACAACACUGAAACCCGAGUUUCUAACGUUUCGACGUGUACUGCGUUUGUGUCUGGACGAACGGCCAAAACGCAUUGAAAAAACGGUGGUUUUAAAAAUGCCCGUGUUCGUGUGGACAGGGUAUAAGUUACCUCUCUUUUAGAAACGGGCUUGAGUUAUCCCGCUUUCUCAGGUUUGACAUGCCUCGCAUUCUGAAAAGAAAAAGCCAGAGUUACACUUAUUUAAAGGUUUAUACUCCGCAUUUUCACUGAACCUUCUUUCUGAAACGCCCCGGAACACCUAGUUGAAUGGAGCUAAUUAAUAAAGAGCAACAGGUGUUCUCAAUAAACAGCAAGUCAGGCAAUCACAGUGUGGCAGAAUUUUCUGCAAGGGUGCUUUUAAACCAAUGCAGUGUUGCUCCACACCUCACUUGGUAUGUUUGACAUUAAGGAUGCUGCUUUGUUCGGGUCUAACAGGUUAAGGAGGUUUUCAAGUUUGUAGUGCCUAGGAAGAUCAUUUAUUUUUGUUUGUCAUCACAUGACGAUAAGAGCAAGAUCGUGGUCGCUAGAUACAAACAUCUGCUUCUGAAACAUCUCCAACAUCCUGACAACACACCGGCUGUAAACAUGUCAAACACAAUGAUAUUCACGCAGCCACAACCUGUUAUGAUCUCCAGAGAAUCUGAUAAAUGGGGGUCAGGCAUUUGUGAUUGCUGUGAUGAUGUGCCUGAAUGCUGCUUUGGUUUCUGGUGUUACUGGUGUUUCGCCUGUGUUAAAACCAAGCGCCUUGGCGAGUGUUUAUGUCUCCCCCUGCUGGAUUUCUUUGGGAUUGUUCCACCUAUAACGAUGUCCAUGAGAGUCUCGAUGCGCCAUCGUUAUGGGAUCAAGGGCACUAUGUGUAGUGACUGUCUGGUGUCCACAUUCUGCACACCCUGCGUUUGGUGUCAGAUGUCACGAGAAAUGAAGGCUCGGAGUAUCCAAAUCACUCUCGUCGGUGCCAAGAAUCUUUAAACUCUUACAAAGCUGAUUGCAUAUAUGCUAUUAGAAUCAUUAUUAAGAGAAAUGUGUUAGCCUAACUGAAAACCUGAGAUUUCAGCUGUUUCUUUUCAGGCUUUCAUAUUUGGAAUUACCGUGUUUACACCGUACGCGACCGGCGCGACGCGACACUACAGACGGCUUGUGAUUGUCGCGUCGCGCAAUGUUUAAGUUGUAUUUGUUUUGUAAAAGUUAUUUGAAUGCUCUAUAUAAAAAUGAUUCGGACAGAAAUCGCGAUUUAGAAAGGGGGUUGUCUUCUAGAUCACUGUGUAUGUUGUAUUUGUGUUGUAAAAUAGUUCUUUGAGUGAUUCUUUAUCUGUUUUAGUCAUGUAUUGUAUUGAAAUAAAACAAAUCGAAUACA